AUGGUUGUGACCCAGACCUCCAGGCUCCGGGACUCCGGCCAGGCUGUGAUCUUGGAGCCCACUGCAUUCGGGAGUCAGCUGGAGUCUCAUCAAGAGCCUGAGAAAGUCCACUGUGAAAGUUGGCGGGGCCUUUCGGCCGUGGAGGCGGCCCGGAGGACGUGCAUUCUUCCCGCCUCGCUGUGGGAUGAGACCGGGGCCUACCUGAUAGACAGAGACCCCACCUACUUCGGGCCUGUCCUCAACUACCUGCGGCAUGGCAAGCUGGUGACCAACAAGGACCUUGCUGAGGAAGGGGUGCUGGAGGAGGCCGAGUUUUACAACAUCACCUCGCUCAUCAAGCUGGUCAAGGAGAAGAUUCGAGAGCGAGACAGCAAGACCACACAGGCCCCCGUGAAGCACGUGUACCGGGUGCUGCAGUGCCAAGAGGAGGAGCUGACGCAGAUGGUGUCCACCAUGUCCGACGGCUGGAAGUUCGAGCAGCUGGUCAGCAUCGGCUCCUCUUACAACUAUGGGAGCGAGGACCAGGCCGAGUUCCUGUGCGUGGUCUCCAAGGAGCUGCACAACGCCCCCCACGGCACAGCCAGCGAACCCAGCGAGAAGGCCAAGAUUCUGCAGGAGCGGGGCUCUCGGAUGUGAGGCACUGAGCCUGAGAGCAGGCUGCUCUCUGCCCCCCUCCCUGGGUCUCUGAGCCCCGCGCGAGGGGCCUGGCCCUGAUGGUUUCCCCUAAAGAUCGGGGCUGAGGGUGCGAGAGGCGAGACCAGGCCACAGAGCAGAUGUUAGUGCUGCCCGGGACCUGCCGGCCGCCGCUGCCGCCGACCGCCGGGAGUGACUUCUUCUCAACCCCGAAGACCAUUAAAGGACAAUGUUCUUGGUGCUACACGGUGGCCCCCACGCACAAGGGGUCCCCACGGGACAUCGCCGGUGGCCCGUCCACCACAGGACACCGCCUGCCUGGUUCUGGGGUCGCCAGCCACCUCCCCCUCCGUCUGCCUUGCGGGGGCACCUGACAGCAGCCUGCUCUUGCCCCGAGUGGUGCCUGGCUCUGGUCCCCAGGCCUGAGAACCCGGUGCCCGUCCCCCCCGGGGGGUGGGCGGCGUGCGCCUGCGAUGAAACCGGGUGGGAGAGGGUGGACCGGCUUCGCGGAACUUUCUGGGUGUUUACACACGUCGCACCGUCAGCCUCUCUCUUCAUUGUGCCCGCUUCCUUGUCUAACUAUGCAGUUCUCUCGCCAGAGCCCCAGCUGUCAUGGGCACCCCGUCCUCAGCCGCCUCCCCCUCUAGUGAGAAAUGCUUCCGGAGUCCGCAUGGAGGCUCCACACGGAGCCAGGGCGCCCGGCUUGGAACCCUGACCUCGUAGAUAGGCUUGUGGUUUUCUUUUUUUAAUUUAAAGACAUUAAGACUUAACCCACUAAAAUUGACUCCAAGGGGAUAUUUAUACUUUUAUACUUUUGUAGGUAUCCGUAUUUUAUCAGCUUACAGUUUAACGUCUCAGUUUCCCCUGAAAAUAGCAAAUAAAAGUGUGUAUUUAUGAA